AUGACCAUAAAUUUAAAAAAGCCUUUUAUUAAUAUUCAUGUCAAAAGCCAUGACCUCAAAAUAAAAAGGCAUAUCAAGAUUUCUACUUCUCAAAUAUGAGAUAAGGAACUUGAAACAGGCUUGUGGACAGUCGAAGCAAGCUUCCAUAAAUUGGACGCUUUACUAAAGUCUGGCUUUUGCUCACUGGGUGUGAAGAAAAAAAAAUUAAACUACUACAAAGAAAUUCAGUUAAAAGUGUCCUUGGGCAAGACACUUCACCUACCGCCUACUGGUGUUGGCCAGAAGGGCCGAUGGCGCGAUAUGGCAGCCUCGCUUCUGUCAGUCUGCCCCAGGGCAGCUAGUUUUAAUAAAGCUUAGCAAAAAAAUUGCUAAAGAAAGAAAACAUGUUUGCAGUUCAAGAGUUACAUGCACAAGUUGUGUGAUUAUUUUUUUAAAGCUAGAAUAUAUGAAAAUGUUAUGGUUGUUGGGAUUCAGCCACUCAGUGUGUAGUAAAGAAGUCCAGAACAUGUUUUAUGUAUUCAGUUAAACAAAAAACAAAAUCCAGAUGUCUGGCCUUUGAUAUGACCCUAUCUUACCAAUGUUCCGCUGCCAAUAAACAUUUUCUUUGUCCUCUACCUGCGGACACCUGAUCUUUGUUCACUGAGUGGAAUGGCACCAUCCUGUGGUUAAAAGAGGGACUACAGAGUGAUGCAGCAGCAGUUUGACACACAUAUUGAUUUGUUUAUAUUUCCCCCGAUUUUAAAUGGUUACGCUCAGAGUACUUGCAGACAUAUUUGGUUUGCAUUGUGGAGAAAAUUAUCUGACAGAGGAGGCAACAGGCAGUUCAAAAACAAGUUUUAUCAGGUACGAAUUAAAGGGCCAACCGGAGAAACUGGAUAAGUUGUUUAGGUCUUGCUUGGGAGGGAGAUGUGUGAUGAUAACGAGAAAGAAAGCUUAAAUUUGCAUGUCUGUAAACGAAGUCUGGGACGCAGUCCUUCCUGGAGCGCCUGUGUUUCAUGUCUCCCAGUGAAAUGAGAUCCAACCCGUUCUCCAGCACACCUCCGACCGCCUCAACCUGCUCUCCGACUGCGAGCACGUUAUCGACGGUGUCAUCGUCAGACAUAACAAGACAUCACCUGUGUGACUCUGGCGAAUACACUUCCACGCAGCGGCGGACUAUGAAAAGUGUGCGUAAUGAUUAAACAUCACGCUCGGAAAUACGCCCCCCCGCGCUCAUCGGUCACAGAUGACUGUCCGCUGGCCCUGCAGGCUGUCCAUGUCAGCAAACACCACGACACGCUGAACGAGGGAACGUGGCCGCAGACGGGCGCCAAGAUGCGGAUCUCCAAGGCCAACAAGGGCGCGGCGGUGGUGAGGGCUGUCCGGCGGCAGGCGUCUCCUCAGCCGUCCAGUCUGGAGAGGAUGUGGAGCGACAGAAAGCUGUCGAACUGUGGACCUGAGGGGAGAGACGGGGCAGAAGCUUCUGGGAACGGGAUGGAGGGACACGAAGGGGGGCCACCCCGUGGGAGGAAGAAGGCAUCCAAACCACAUGUGAAGACCAUUUUCUCCCCCGAGGACAAGGACCCCAGGGUGAAGGAGGAGACCGGAGAGGGACACGCCUUCGAACCCGGAGGGGAGAGCAACUGGUGUGAUUUGUGCUUCGAGUACAUCUUCGAGAAUGGUCUCACCUGUGCAGGUUGCAAGUACGCGUGCCACACUGCAUGUCGGGACAAAGUGGCACUGGACUGCCAUCCUCCAGUGUUGCCCGUCAGCCAGGACCAGCUCAACAACAACAACACGCCGCUCCAUGAUGUGGAGAAGGAGAGAGAGUUGCGGACAGAGUUCAGCAAAGAGGAAAUCUGGCAGAGAAUCGAGCAGUACAACUUGCUAACCAAAGACCACCUUAAAAUGACGCUGGGUGCGGGCGGUGUGUACACGGGUUUCAUCAAGGUCCAGAUGGAUUUGCGGAGGCCAAUGACGGUGCAGGGAAGUCAGACAAGAGCUGGGGAGGCCUUCUAUCUGCCCCAAGGAGUCUCCAACACCCUUCAUGUCAGCUCUAAAACCACAGUCAAAGAGGUGAUCGUCGGCUUGCUGAGCAAAUUCACAGUUGCAGACAACCCGGCUAAAUAUGCCCUGUACAAGAGAUACCGGCGGGAGGAGCAGGUUUAUACAUGCAAAUUGGCGGAUGCUGAGAAGCCGUUGUUUCUUCGCCUGGUGGCGGGACCCGACCCAGACCUGCUCAGCUUUGUCCUGAAAGAACAGCAGACGGGAGAAGUCAUGUGGGAUGCCUUCUCCAUCCCUGAGCUGAAAAACUUCCUGCGGAUCCUUGAAAAGGAGGAACAGGAGCAGAAGGACGCAGUAAUUCGUCGCUAUGAAACCUACCGGCAGAGACUGCAGGAGGCACUGCUGGAGGUCAGGGGGCCUUCUUAAGAGGAUAUAACCUCCUUGAAAAAGGACUACUGCCCCCUAGAGGGACGAAGGGGAUGUUUUGUUUUGUUUUUCAUUUUUAAUCUCCUGGUGUACAUUUUGAUGGAGGGAGGGAUGUGAACACAGAAUCGGGAGAGAGGAUCCAGCACCUGGAAGAAGGGAUAAUAAAGGAUGACAAGAGGACAGAAAAAAGAGACUGCAAAUAAAAAAGACGAACAGACAGAAUUUUGGUUGCUGGAUUCAAGAUUUCAAACUGCUUCCCGCUCGGCUCCGUCUGCCUGCAAACACCAAAGAUUCACUCACUGUGCCAUAUCCGUUCAUCCUCUUCCCUGUUCGCCGUCCAUCCCUCUCUUCUUCUUCUUCUCUCACUCUGUCCUGCUGUCACAUAAUUUAUGCAGUUCAUCCUUUUUGUUUCCCUCACCUUUUUAUCCUUUGAACUUGUGAAAGACUCAAGGUUGAAUUAUUUUUAUUUAACUUGUGUGUUUUAAAGGUCUGUACAUUUUUUUUUUUUUUUAAUUUAUAUGGGUGAAGCUUUUUAUUGCUUUUUGUUUUUCUUUUUAAAACAAAGUCUUAUUUUUGUUUUAUUGUAGAGGCGGAGCAACAAUCUGCUUGUUGACACAGAUGCUGAGAAUAGUUUUUUCAGACUUCAGCAGGACACAGAAAAUCCAAACAUCAGAGCAUGACAGACCAUUUAAAAAAAGUUAUUAUCAUAAAAUGGAGUUAUUUUAACUCACAGUAGUUGUAAAAGUAAAUACUGAUUCCAAUAAUAAUAGCUCUAAUUACAAAGAAUGAAAAUGGAUUGGAGUUCUUCUGGAUUUAUCCGUUCCAAAAACAUGUC